CUGUACACUAGAUCUAACCCACCAAACUGACAGAGACAGGACGGAGCUGCCCGAAGCGCGUUUUCUUCUUCCAUCUCAAGCUUCGCGCGUCGAGGACUGCCACGACGGGAGCCACACCACAACACAGGGGCAAUGGUCGCCGCCCGGCAUACGCAAAGCGAGGAUCGCACUCAGGUCUCUGACGAUGAAGCCACCCUGAACCACAAACGAGUUCAAAACAUGUUCACCGGCCCAACACACCGACCUACAAAGAGGGUCCGAAACUCGCUCGAAUACAUCCCUUCGUCCAAGAAGCGCAAGGCGGAGGAAGCUAAGCCAGAUGACGAUUCCGGCCAAGAUGACGAUACACAGGUCCUUGAGGUGGUCAACUCGUUCAGAGGUACAAAGUCGCGCGACCCUCCUCUUUCUCAUACCGAGCCGCAACCUGUCACGAAUGGCGCAAAGCGCGGCAGAGGAAGACCGAGAAAACAUCCGCUGCCGGUCAUGGCGCAAGAUCAGCCAGCUUCCAAGACACAUCUAUCUCAGCACGCUUUAGACCAGAUACAAGCUCUAGCCAGAGAUACAUUGAGUCCGGCAGAGGCACAACCUACUCGGGAAAGAGACACAGACGCCAUCAAGAUCGGAGCGCAAAUGCCGAUACAAGGAUCAGAUAGUGAUUCGGAUGAUGAGUUUCCAUCACUGGAUGAGGUUUGGAAGCGACCAAAGAAUCAAUUGCCCGCCUCAGCCCAGCCAGAACCAAACCAAGAAGACGACUACGAGGAAAGGGAGGGCGACAAUGUACGGGCCGUGGAUGAAGAUGAAGAGCAGCCAGACAAGGAGAAUGAGGCCGACGAUCGACUCCUUCGUGUCCCACCCAAGCCACGUUCUACUCCGGCUAUAUAUCCACUGCUUUUCGAAAAUCCAGAAAGUGUCAACAACUCAGCCCGCGUGAAAAUACGAGGCAGUAGCAUUAGGUCGUUGCGAAAGAUCAUGAUGGGCCCUGGCUGGACAGAUCUCGGCAAAGAUUGGGCCAAGACUGUCGUACAACCCUUCCGGGACAACGUUCGAAACCCGACGGCUACGUCGGAGAUCAAGAACCUUUGCAAACACCUUCAUGAGCUGACAAUGCUAUCUGAUCGAGCUUCCCGAGCGGCCUCCAUUACAAAGCAGAACGAGUAUCUACGAGGCGUAGUGAAAUGGAGAAGCAAGAGUAUAGAGGCAAUUCAGGACAUUGUUUCCGUGUGUGAGCAACAUCUGGCCCCAAAUAGCGUCACUCGACAGUCAUUAAGGCAAGACUUAUUCGAAUACGGCAUCCCCAUGUUGAUUUUGGCGUUGUCGAGUGCGUACUGUCUUGGGGAAGUGGGUCGAGGACACAACGACAUUGACGAGGGUGGCUUUCCCCAAUCUGGCAUGUUUACCAGUAGCACGGUUGACUAUCUCCUUCGUAUUACCGAUUGGAUUACGCGUCUAGAGACACGACUGGCACCCGAUGUUGCCGACGAUGAGGACGAUGAGGACAUCGAGUACGAGCAUGGGCUCAAGAAGAAGAGAGAAGACAGGCAACUUUUCAAAAAGUUCCUCGGUUCCUGGGACAGAACACUGCAACAAGCGCCACAUGAACUAAAUGAAGCCAAGUUUGCUCGGGACCAGGCAAUCAAGAGAGCUCGUCAGGCAGCCCGCGAAGCUGAGCUUGCGAAAAGUGCGGCCAAGUACGAUGCAUUCGUCCUAUCUACACAACGCAUGAGGUCACAGUCGCGACCCUUGGACGAACUACGGCAAAAGGCAACAAGGUCUAUAGUAAUGCCACGUUCAUCCGGGGUAGUCGCACCGGUGAGAUCGGUACCCACAAGUCACCAGCAGCAACCCGGGUCACGCGUGUCAACGACGUCGUCGAGUCAGCCAAGGGUCUCGAAUAUAGGGUCGAUGUCCAAGCCUAACUAUCCUAUAUGGUCGGACGUAAAGAAAAUGUGGCUGUUAGACGAGCUACGAAAGAUUGGGCCCAAAGUGUCUGAUUUGGACUAUGAGGACUUGGCUGAGGAUUUAGGGAAGCCGAUUAUAGAAGUUCGGCAUGAGGCGGAAAGGCUGAGAGCGGUUGCGAGGUCACUGGCGCAGGAGAAGGGGACUAAGGUCGAGCGGUGGGCCCAGGGUCGAUGAUUGAUUUACCAUCUCUCAAAGUGCUGUAUCCCUCCCUCUGAAGUUUGGAAACCCUUACAAUGCGCAAAGAUUUUCCCCAACUCUCAUGAAACAAAGAGCCUUCCAACCCUCUGUGACCUUUUCCAAGUAUGGAUAAUGAACAAUGACUGCUUUGUCCCCAAGACUCCGGACUGAGCAAUGCAGCGUCGUGAACAAAGAAAGGGGGGUUGCCGCAACCGACAUUCCAGGGAGCUACAUUCCCUUUUUUCCGGAUCAGGAACGAAACCAUGACCCACUGACUUCGACUGACUAAAUGAACGAGCACUUAUUUCUCCUCUUCUAAAUCUCCCCAUCUUCAAGUUUCCAAUAACAGAACCUCGACUUUCAAAAUUCUGCAACGACCUCGAAGCUGUUCAUUCAACUUCCACUUCGGCAUAACACACGAC